CGUGGCCUUUUGUAAAGCUAAUAACCACCUACAGCUGUGACAUGUACUUCUGGAGUCGCUAAGAAUUGUCUUGUUACUUUCUAUGUGUCUAUAGUACCAUCGAGUUCACUACUUCCUUUACAGGCAUAGUAGUCCUAUAUCAUUUGGUUUCGUUUACACAACGCAGACAGUCAUGGCUCAAACACCCCAGCAAAGGAAGGCCAACGAAAGGUUCGCGAAGCAGGAAUCUGCAAAGCGUGGUAAAGGCAAGACAGUUGUCAAGUCAAAGCAGACUCCAAGGUCGCCUGUGUCCACUGUGUGGGUGGCCGUUCUCGCGUUCGUUGUCUGUGGAGGAAUCUUCCUUGAAGUUCUAGGGAUCGUACCGAAGCUUUGGUCCACCGUGGUCGCAAGCAUCAGCCGCUUAAUGCUCUGAAACCAUGAAAGCUUGUAAAGACGAUUAAAGUUGCUUUCAAGAACAGCGGCGGCGAUAAUAGUGAUGCACCUAACUGAUAUCCCGAGUCUCUUGUUUUGCGCGUUCGGUUUUGCGUGCUACCGACGUUUUGGUAUCUUAUUAUUUGUCAUGCCGUGAAAAGCGCAGGUCGCAUGUGCGGAACUUCGAUUAGACAGUACUAUGGUGACUACCUGAAUUUAUUCCUCUUAAUUUCAAGUUAUAUUGAU